CAAUUCCACCUGAACAUUACAGUGACAGCUACAUAACAGGAAGUUUUGACGCAAGCUGUACAUUCUUCGCGGAAGGCAACUGUUUUAUGCGUUAGAGUAUGGUGUUUUAUAUUCAAUGUCCACGCUAAAGCGACUUAUAAAAUAACAAUUUAGUUAUAAUUGCACAUCUUGUGGGCGGGGGUCUGCUUAUUUUGCUCAGAAACGCCGAACUGCGGCAGGUUCUCUGGGACACGGACCGGUACGAUACGGUCACGUCGGGGGCGGGACGCUGAGCCUGGAUCCACACAUAUCUGCUGUUAUCUGGCCGCUCCGUAGUGGGAGCAGCAGCAGCAGCGACAGUAUUAGUAGUAGAUGACGGGCAAGUGACCGGGUGUUGACUGCGGGGCAUUAACGCCAGUGGCUGGUAUGACACCGGGAGACAGCCCUCACGCCCUCCUGGGCCGGAUCCGGUUCCUCAACCAGUGCAUCGACUGUUUCAGGAACGCUUUACCACUACCGGAGAGCUUGUGCUUCGUUCCACGAGAGGUGUGCUAUAAAAUAUGUAAGGAUCCGGCAUCUGGCUCCGGUGCCUCGGCGGCUCCGUCGGUCGCCGGCUCAGCCGGGAAGAGCCUAAUCACGGUGUGGGAGACCCCGUCCCAGAGCAAGAAAUCAGGCCGUUUUAACAUCGAGCCCAAGAAGGGGACCUGCAUCCGAACUACCGGAGAGGAGUACUGCAACAACCACGGCCUGUGGGUGAAGAUGAACAAGGAGCAGCUGGAGGAGCAGCGGCCCGGCACAGACCUGGAGGAGGGCUGGAUCCUGCUCUGCAAACACACAGAGGGGGGGGACCGGCUUGUGCCCGUGGAGUCACCUGACACCAUCGGCCGGCAGCAGCAGCUGUUCGGCUGCGAUAGCAAACCGUGCAGCAGGUGGGAGCAGGUGGUGGAUGCUGAGUUCUCCAUGCACCUGGGAUCCAGGCCGUGCAUCGCGGAACUGGACGAGGCCGCGCUUCGCAAACUCCGGUACGUCCCGCCCACGUGGACGUUCGAGUGUGAUGAGGACCUUAUUCAUUUCUACUACGAGCAUGUGGGAAAGGAGGACGAGAACCUGGGUAGUGUGAGGCAGUGCGUCAUGAGCAUGGACGUGUCCUCCUGCUCGGAGGACCCCAGCAGUGGAGUCAGCUGCCUGACAGAUGGUGACAGUGACACCUACUGGGAGAGUGAUGGCAUGCAAGGCCAGCACUGGAUUCGUCUGCGGAUGAAGAGGAGCACAGUGGUGAAGAAGCUCAUUUUGACCGUGGAUUCCACCGAUGACACCUAUAUGCCCAGAAGAAUUACCGUGUUCGGCGGCGAAGGAGACAGUUUAAGGAAGCUCAACGACGUCACCAUAGAUGAGAAUCUGAUUGGAGAGGUGUGUGUUUUGGAGGAUAUAACAUCACACGUCCCAGUGAUUGAGAUCCGCAUUGAGGAAUGCAAAGAUGAGGGGAUUGACGUCCGCAUUCGCGGGCUGAAAAUCAAGUCCUCUUGCGAGCGGGACCUGGGCCUGAACGCUGACAUCUUCCAGUCGGCGGACCUGGUGCGUUACCCGCGGCUGGAGGGCACUGACCCGGACGUGCUGUACCGGCGCAUGCUGGUCAUCCAGAGAUUCGUCACGGUGCUGGACGGGCUGCUGCCUCACCUGGUCCCUGCCUGGGACUACAGCCUUGGGACCUUCAACCACAUCAAACAUGUUAAGCAGUUCUUGCUGCUCUCCAAGCGUCGCACAGCCCUCAUCACCCAGUGCCUGAAAGAUUCCGAGACCAGCAAGCCCAGCUUCAUGCCUCGCCUCUACAUCAACCGGCGCCUGGCCAUGGAGCACCGCGACAACCCCGCCCUGGAGCCCAGCUGCAAGAACGCUGUCUUCAAUCAGGUGUAUGAAGGCCUGAAACCAUCUGAUAAGUACGAGAAGAUGCUGGAUUACCGGUGGCCUGCACGGUAUGACCAGUGGUGGGAGUGCAAGUUUAUCGCGGAGGGAAUCAUCGAUCAAGGUGGCGGCUUCCGUGACAGCCUGGCGGAUAUGUCCGAGGAGCUGUGUCCCAGCUCAGCGGAGUGUCCGGUGCCUCUGCCCUUCUUCACUCGGACCUCCAACCAGGGAACCGGUGAGGCGAGGGACUGUUAUGUGCCAAACCCUUCCUGCAAGCAGCUCAACAAGCUGGAGUGGAUCGGCCAACUCAUGGGCGCCGCCCUGCGGGGGAAGGACUUCCUGGUUCUGGCGCUACCUGGGUUGGUGUGGAAGCAGCUUACUGGAGAGGCUGUCAGCUGGAGCAAAGACUUCCCAUCUGUGGAUUCUGUAUUGGUGAAGCUUCUGGAAGCCAUGGAGACCAUGGACAAGGAGACCUUUGAGUUCAAGUUUGGCCAGGAGCUGGUCUACACCACACUGCUGAGCGAUGGCCAGCUGGUGGAGCUGAUCCCGGGCGGCGCCAGCACUGUGGUCCAAUACGAGGACCGCAAGGAGUUCAUCCGCCUGGUGCAGAAGGCCCGUCUGGAGGAGAGCCGUGAGCAGAUUGCGGCAAUUCAGGCGGGGCUGGUGAAGGUGGUGCCCCAGGCUGUGCUAGACCUCCUCACCUGGAAGGAGCUGGAGAAGAAAGUGUGUGGAGAUCCCGAGAUCAGCGUGGAGGCCCUCAAACGCCUCACACGGUAUGAGGACAUGAAGCAGACGGAUGUGCGUGUGCAGUACUUGUGGCAGGCGCUGACCAACUUCACAAACGAGGAUCGCAGCAGGUUCCUCAGAUUUGUGACUGGAAGGAGUCGCCUGCCUGCACUCAUCUACAUUUUCUCAGACAAACCAGGCUCUGAGACGACCGAGGCUCUCCCUCAGUCAUCCACGUGCUCCAGCACCCUCUACCUGCCAAAUUACCCCAGUGCUAAGGUGUGUGAGGAGAAGCUUCGCUACGCCGCCUACAACUGUGUGGCCAUCGACACGGACAUGAGCCCUUGGGAAGAGUGACCCCCACCGCCGCAUUCGUCAUGGCUGCCAUGCUGUUGCCAAUCACAGCUGUAUAUAAUCAGAAAUAUAGUAGAUUAUGAAAAUAGGCCAUGCAUUUACCAUGGCAAGGCUCUGUAACUUUAAAUUAAAGCACGGUGCCAAACUGUG